AUGAGUGUAGACCCUUUGAAUCCAUUUGCCGCUGAUCCUCCAUCAUCUCAGCAACCAGUUGUUUUACCUCCACCAACUUUGAAAUUCCCUCAAUGGUUGACCGAUUUUACUGGAUUGAAAGAAUGGCCAGGUAUGGAUCCUCCUUACAUCCCACUUGACUUCAUUAAUUUCGGUGUAAUUCCCACUAAUAUUCCUCUUCAUGGACAAGGACAAUGUGAAUUACUAAAUAAUGGAGAUUUAUCACAAUGUUCAUUUGAUUGCUUUAAUUGUGUAUCAUUCGAUGAUGUAUAUACAUGUCCCAAAUUAAGUCAAACUUUUGAUGAUGGCCCAUCUCCAUUUACUCCUAAAUUAUUAAAUAAUAUAAAACCAACCACAAGAUCAACAUUCUUUACAUUGGGAGUUCAAAUCAUUAGAUAUCCAGAGAUUUAUCGCCAAACUGUAUCCAAGGGUCAUGUAAUGGGGUCACAUACAUGGAGUCAUAAAUUUUUACCUGGUUUAAGCAAUGAGCAAAUAAUCGCUCAAAUUGAAUGGUCAAUUUGGGCAAUGAAUGCCACUUCUGGUCAUUUACCAAAAUGGUUUAGACCACCAUAUGGAGGUAUUGAUAAUCGAGUUAGAAGUAUUAUUCGACAAUUUGGCAUGCAGGCAGUCCUUUGGGAUUUUGAUACAUUUGAUUGGAAAUUAUUGGAUUCAUCCAAUAAGCACACCUCUAAAGAUAUAGUUAAUAAUUUAAAAUUGUUUAGAGAAAAGAAUGGAGGUAAAGGGUUAAUAUUAGAGCAUGAUGCUGUAAUUAAUACAGUUGAUGUUGGAAUUGAAAUUAAUCAACAAAUAUUAAAAAAUGAAGGUCAGUUUACUGUACCUCAAUGUGUUGGAGGUAUUGAUUAUAUUAAAAAGUUUGUAUAG